GAAAAGACUCGACUCAAAAGAAAGACUCCGACAUCACCACCAGGGCUGAGCUUGAGCUCUCAAUCAAAUCCCAGAGAGAGACGAGGAGUAGGAAGCUCUGCGGAGACAUGUAAGAUGGCAGAGCUGCAGAUGUUACUAGAAGAAGAAAUUCCCGCCGGUAAACGAGCUCUUUUAGAGAGUUACCAGAACCUCACGAGGGUCGCGGACUACUGUGAGAAUAAUUAUGUUCAGGCACAGGAUAAGAGGAAAGCCUUGGAGGAGACCAAAGCCUACACCACCCAAUCCCUGGCGAGUGUGGCCUAUCAGAUCAAUGCCUUAGCCAACAAUGUCCUGCAGUUGUUGGAUAUCCAGGCCUCACAGCUGCGCAGGAUGGAGUCCUCCAUUAACCACAUAUCUCAGACGGUGGACAUCCAUAAGGAGAAGGUCGCCCGGCGAGAGAUUGGCAUCCUGACAACAAACAAGAACACAUCACGGACUCAUAAGAUCAUCGCUCCACCUAACAUGGAGCGUCCGGUGAGGUACAUCAGGAAGCCCAUCGACUACACAGUACUGGACGAUGUGGGUCAUGGAGUGAAGUGGCUUAAAGCCAAGCAACACGGCAACAAUCAGUCAGUCAGAGGAGGAACUCUCUCCAGGACCAAUCCCCCGACGCAGAAACCUCCCAGCCCUCCCAUGACGGGACGAGGCACUCUGGGGCGUAACACUCCUUAUAAAACGCUUGAGCCGGUGAAACCUCCAACCGUGCCCAAUGAUUACAUGACGAGUCCAGCUCGCCUGGGCAGCCAACACAGUCCAGGACGCACCGCGUCUCUCAACCAGAGACCGAGGACCCACAGUGGCAGCAGCGGAGGAAGCGGCAGUCGAGAGAACAGUGGCGGCAGCAGCAUCGGCAUUCCCAUCGCUGUGCCGACUCCCUCCAUUCCCAACUCAGUCCCAGUCACACCCUCAUUGGCUCCUCCCCCAGCCCCUCCUCCUCCACCCCCCCUCCCCGGUCAGGGUCCACCAAUGCCAGCCGCUGCUAUAGUUGUGGCUGCUGGGCCAGGUCUCGGGCCCAUCCCCAUGUCCCAGUUUGGCACGAUAUCUCGGCAGAUCUCCCGACACAACUCCAGCACCUCCUCCUCCGUCUCCAUGGUUUCUGCCACGGGUACAUACCGCCGAGCCCCGUCCGUCUCUUCCCAGUUCUCCCUGCAGCAGCCGCACGUUAACGGGGGAACGAACGCAAUGUCUAUGGCCCCGCCCCCUCCGCCCAUGCCCCAGCUCACCCCACAGAUUCCUCUCACAGGGUUUGUGGCCAGAGUUCAGGAAAACAUUGCAGAUACCCCGACUCCGCCUCCUCCUCCUCCCCCUGAUGACAUUCCCAUGUUUGACGAGGCUCCUCCUCCUCCGCCUCCUCCUCCAGUCGACUAUGAAGAUGAAGAUGCAGCUGUAGUGCACUACAGUGACCCCUAUGCAGACGGAGACCCUCAGUGGGCCCCGAAGUCCUACAUGGAGAAAGUGGUGGCGAUCUACGACUACAGCAAGGAUAAGGACGAUGAGCUGAGCUUCAUGGAAGGAGCCAUCAUCUACAUCAUCAAGAAGAACGACGACGGCUGGUUCGAGGGCGUGUGUAACGGCGUCACGGGUCUGUUCCCCGGAAACUACGUGGAGUCCAUCAUGCACUACGCCGACUGAAGGGCCGCACCCGAAAUCAUUUACACGCGUUUGUUCCUGACGAACGGCCAAUCAUGAGAAUCUCUGAACUUUACUUUGUGGUGAUGGUGGAUGUGGGCAAACGGGACGGACCAACUAUUCGCAGGAAGUCAGUGUACAUAAAAUGAAUGUCAAUCACAUGAUCAUCAAGUAGAUUUUCUAACUGAAAGUCGUCCGAUUUUUAUUUUUUGUUUUUUUUUAUUUCCUCGACCUCCUCUUCUCUCCAUGCGCGUUUGUUUGGACAUUUUGGAUGCGAAAAAAUCUUCUAAACGAAUUGAUUUCAGUGUUUUAUCAUGUCGUCGCCCCAAAGUGUAUCAGAAUCUUAACGUAAAGCAUGCAUACAAAAAUUAAAUAUGUAUCGUAACCUAAACGUUCAAUUCCACUUCCAUCUUCGUAUUAUUUACAGAACACUUUUUAUUUUUUAAUAUAGGCGUUUGUAGACUACUUGUGUUUAUGCUCUAAUUUUUAUUAUCAAAUUUUGUAUUAAUUUGGAUAACGAAUGCGAAGCACAGAACUUCAUUUUCCCUCCAUGUCAAUAUUUUUAGUUAAAGCCACAAUGACUAAAGUAUUUGCUACGAUGAACAAACAUGAAUUGUGUAAAGGCUGUAAAGUAUCUCAAUCUCUCUAAUCAGUGCAGAUCAGCUCUUCCCACGCUGGACUCUGUUGCGUGCCGCGUGUUAUUUCCCAGUACAGAGAUCAUUACUGAAGCGAAGAGUCGUCAGGGUCUGGCAUUAAUCGCUCUUUCAGGAGUCUGAGAGCGAUUUCAUCGAGCGCUGUCAGUCAUUUCAGGAGUUUAAAGCUGAUUAAUGCCUUCAGACUUUAUUUGUCGUACUGAAACAUUUGAAGUUCCAACUCAAUUCCAUCUGCGCUGAAGCUCGUCUCGGCACAGAGUUUGUAUUUAUAAUGUUAAUUGAAAUUUAAUUGUACAGUCUUUUAUAAUAAAUCAUUCUAUGUAAA